AUGUUCUCGCUGUUUUAUGGCCUUUGGAAGUAUAUAUUUAGUAAGACAGAGUUUCAUGUGCUCAUUCUUGGGAUUGACAAGGCUGGGAAGACGACGUUGCUGGAGAAAUUGAAGUCAGUAUACUCGAACUUGGAAGGCCUCCCUCCUGAUCGAAUUGUUCCGACUGUUGGACUUAAUAUUGGUCGUAUUGAAGUGACAAAUUCAAAACUGGUGUUUUGGGAUCUAGGAGGUCAGCCUGGUCUUCGCUCAAUUUGGGAGAAAUAUUAUGAAGAGGCACAUGCUGUGAUUUAUGUAAUCGACUCUGCUUGCCCAUCACGUUUUGAAGAUGCAAAAUCUGCGUUGGAAAAAGUUCUUAGGCAUGAUGAUAUGCAGGGAGCCCCUCUCUUGAUAUUAGCAAACAAGCAGGAUCUUCCUGAUGCUGCAUCGUCAGAAGAACUUGCUCGAUAUCUAGACCUUAAGAAGUUGGAUGAAAGGGUUUACAUGUUUGAAGCUGUUUCAGCAUAUGAUGGGAUGGGGAUCAAAGAAAGUGUAGAAUGGCUCAUGGAGGUAAUGGAACGAAGCAAGAGAACUGAGAUGUUAAGAGCUCGUGCAGGUGUAACAGGCCCUGGUGCUUAG